AUGUUGUGCGUUUCCGUCGCCAAAGACGGCUUCGCGAUCGUCUUGACGGGGCUCGACACCAAGCGCCGCGCCCCGCCCCACCAGCAGCGCCUGUCAAGGAAUGUCUGUUUCCACCAGACCAAGGCGAAGGAGUUCGUCGCCCGUUUUCAUCAGCCGUGCUUCCUUGCCUGGUCACAUCGAACGAUUGGCCACCCGGAUGCGUUGCAGGAUGGCGCGCGCCGCCGCCAGGAAUAUAAACCCUCCCACUCCCACCCCUUCUUCCGCUGCAAUGAGGGCGCCCAUCAGCACAUGUGCGGGUGA